UCCGUCCGUCCCUGGAACGCACGAACGCGCUACGCAAGCUCGUUGCGGCAAUAAUGGAGAGCCUACAAGGAGGAGACGACGAGCCGCACGCGCUCCCCGGCUUCCCCUACUUCUCCGUGCCGUCGCCGCUCGCAGUGCUCGAUGCGCCGCCGACCCUAUCGCCGGAUGACAACCAGCACGGUGCCCUCGCCGCACUCCAGCAGGCGUGCAACAGCCUGCAGCAGCUUCCUCCCCUGCUGGCCCCUGAUCAGCUGGCGGCCGCCGCGACGGUGGCGCCGCCGUCGAUGAUUCUCCCGCCGAUGGUGGACUGGUCGUCGCUGCUCCAGCAGGCCGGCCUGAUGGUGGGCUCCCCGCCCGUGCCGGGGCUGCACCAGCAAGCGGCGGCCGUGCAGCAGCUGGACCAGAGCGGGGAGAACGACUGCGGCGAGGCCGCGGGGAGCAGCGGUGGCGGUGGCACUGGCAAGGAGAAAGCGCGGAUCAGCGGCGCCGGGAGGUCGUCGUCGUCGGGGAGGAAGAAGGUGAGCAGGCCGCGGUUCGCGUUCCAGACACGGAGCGCCAACGACAUCCUGGACGACGGCUACCGGUGGAGGAAGUACGGGCAGAAGGCCGUCAAGAACAGCGCCCACCCCAGGAGCUACUACCGGUGCACCCACCACACGUGCAAUGUGAAGAAGCAGGUGCAGCGCCUGGCCAAGGACACGAGCAUCGUGGUCACCACGUACGAGGGCGUCCAUAACCAUCCCUGCGAGAAGCUCAUGGAGGCGCUCAACCCCAUCCUCAAGCAGCUACAGUUCCUCUCGCAGUUCUAAUCGAUGCUCUAGCUUAAUUAGCUCCGGUGGCCAUUAAAUGCAUGAUGCACAAGCGGCCUCCAAAAGGGCAAAAGCAAACAAUAUAAUAUAUAUAGCUCACAAAAAUACACAUGUGUAAUUAAUUAAGUAAGCCAACUGUGUGGAAGGGGGAAGAAAAGGAGAAAAAUGUGCCUACCUCUCCCCAAUACUGCUGAUCACAUGUACAUGUUUAGAGGGAAACUGAUCGUAUAUAUAUGUAACCCUUUGUGUGUGUGUAUAUGUGUAACUAUAUAUGCACAUCCUGUAUAUCAAAUUUCAUAAAUAUCUAUAUGCUGUACAAAAGUAAUACAAAGUCAUUUCCAUUUCAAAUAUCA